ACUGGUGGAAAGACUGGCGGCAAGGCGGGUGACUCGUCUGGCAAGUCGCAGAAGUCGCACUCGGCCAAGGCUGGUCUGCAGUUCCCGUGCGGUCGUGUCAAGCGCUUCCUGAAGAGCCAAACUCAGAACAAGAUGCGCGUCGGCGCAAAGGCCGCUGUCUACGUGACCGCUGUCUUGGAGUACCUCACCGCAGAGGUGCUCGAGCUCGCUGGCAAUGCCGCCAAGGACCUCAAAGUCAAGCGCAUCACUCCCCGCCACCUUCAGCUCGCCAUCCGCGGAGACGAGGAGCUCGACACCUUGAUUAAGGCCACCAUCGCCUUCGGAGGUGUCCUGCCACACAUCAACCGCGCACUCCUUCUCAAGGUCGAGCAGAAGAAGACGAAGAAGAUCGAUGCCUAG